AUUUUCAGUGCAAAUCUACGUAACGUUGUGAAGUGUUUUGAAUCCUAUUUAAAUUUGAAGUGGUGGUUUGACAGUGCUUAGUUUUAUUACUAAAGUGUACGAAGUUACAGCGUUGGCCGUUAUUAUAUGUAUAGAUUUAUUUUUUCCAAACAAUAAAAUUUUGUUUACACGAACAAACGUAAGUUUCGUAUAAAAAUUAUCGCUUCAGUAUCAAUACAAAUCAGUGCCACGUGAUAAUUUUUUCAGCGGUAUGCAGGUAAAAAAAAAUGCUGUAACGGCGGGAGCAUGGACCAAGUUUCGUUUGUUGAUGUGGAAGAACUUCUUGCAACAAUGGCGGCAUCGGUUUCAGACUUUUAUAGAACUGUUACUACCGGUCCUAACAAUGACUCUAAUUCUUAUUCUGCGACAACAGAUAGAACCAAAUUACAAAACAGUCGAAUAUCCGCCAUUAAAUGCUUAUACGUUGAAUUAUUCAAAACCUGUAAUUGGGUUCCUUACAUUUAACAACCUGUCAAUAGCAUAUUCACCGGAAAGCCCAGUUUUAGAUAAUGUAAUUCGUAAUGCAAUGAUUAACCUGUUGACUCACAACAUAAAUGAAUUAAUCUCAAUUAUAAUUGAACAAGAACCUGACUUUCCUGACAUACCUAUAGAAAUACCUCCUGAUAUAGGUGAUAAUAUAAAUGGUACUCUUAUUCAUGAGAUUGCAAAAAGGCUCGUGAACAUAAAGGCGUAUAGAAAAGGCUCAGAAUUGAGAGGUAUUUACAGUAAUGAUCAAGAGAUUCGAGAGAUCAUAGCGGCUGUAGAAUUUGAUGAUAGCUUAUUAGGCACGAAUGUUUUACCUCACAACCUGUCGUAUGCGCUUAGAUUUCCAGAAAGGCCCCGCUUAAAUUCAUUUCUUGGCCUCGGAGGGCGAUCUUGGCGUACAGAUGUUGUUUUCCCAUAUAUAGAGUUACCUGGACCAAGAUUUCCAGAAUCUUGGGAGGGCGGCAAUGAUCCAGGUUACGUCAACGAGAUGUUCAUUGCCAUACAGCACGCGAUAUCGAUGGAGUUAAUUUCUCGCUUGACUAAUAUAAAUAUGCAAAGUUUUAAUGUUAAAAUUCAAAGAUAUCCUCAUGCACCAUAUAUUGAAGACAUUGCUGUGCAAGCACUAAGUCUGAUAUUCCCAAUGUUUUUCAUGUUGAGUUUCAGCUACACCGCUGUUAACAUUAUACGCGUCAUUACGAUAGAAAAAGAACUUCAACUCAAGGAAACAAUGAAAAUAAUGGGCCUCCCUACUUGGUUACACUGGACAGCCUGGUUUUGUAAGCAGUUUAUAUUUUUUGUAGUGACAUCCGCCCUCCUUGUAAUUAUAUUAAAGGUAAAUUGGUUUACUAGUGAGCAAGGCUUCAGUGAUUAUGCCGUAUUUACUAACACACAUUGGACCGUCCUAUAUUUCUACAUUAUUUUAUAUUUAUCUUGCACCAUAUGUUUUUGCUUUAUGAUAAGUGGUUUAUUUUCAAAAGGGAGUACGGCAGCGUUAUUUGGGGGCGUUAUUUGGUUUAUGUCUUUUAUCCCGGCUGUUCUGUUAGGAUUGGACAUAGAAAUACCAUUCAUCAUCCAAUGUAUUUCAUGUUUUAGUAUAAAUUCUGCUAUGUCCCUAGGCUUUAAAAUCAUUCUAAGCAAAGAAAAUACUGGAGGUAUGCAAUGGGGAGAUUUUUUUACAACGCAUUCAGUUGAUUCAAACAGGUUAUUAUUUGGUCACGUUUGCUUAUUUCUCUUGGUGGACACUAUACUGUACAUGAUGAUAGCACUGUAUUUGGAACAAGUACUGCCUGGCCCGCUUGGAACGCCGAAACCUUGGUAUUUUCUAUUUCAAAAGUCGUUCUGGUGUUUGUCAGCUCAUGAAUCACAUGCUUACAACGUUAGUACCGUUUCUGAUGUUGAUGACACUGUUAAAGAGAAGGAUCCUACAGGCUUAGAAAUUGGAGUUAAGAUGUCGAAUUUGACGAAAAUUUAUGGAAAAAAUAUUGCAGUUAAUAAUAUGAGUUUGAAUAUUUAUGAUGAUCAAAUCACUGUCUUGUUAGGACACAAUGGGGCUGGAAAAUCCACAACAAUCGCGAUGUUAACAGGUAACGUGGAAAUAACAAGAGGAAGCAUAUGGGUAGCGGGCUUCAACAUGUCCACGCAGAUGCCGCAAGCUCGCGGUCACAUCGGCCUCUGUCCCCAACACAACGUCCUUUUCGAUGAACUAACAGUCCGAGAACAUUUAGAGUUUUUUUCAAGACUAAAAGGUUAUUCUGGAAAAGAACUUGAUAAGGAAAUAGACAAUCUUAUCGAUAGAUUAGAGAUGCAGGAAAAGAGACAUUACCUUGCACAAGGCUUAUCUGGCGGUCAAAAGCGACGCCUCUGCGUAGGAAUAGCGCUAAGCGGCGGCGCGCGAGUCGUUCUUCUCGAUGAACCGACCUCCGGUAUGGAUCCUGCCUCUCGGCGCGCCCUCUGGGAUUUAUUGCAAAAAGAAAAAAAAGGUCGUUCAAUGAUCCUUACAACACAUUUCAUGGACGAGGCUGACUUCCUUGGCGACCGAGUAGCGAUCAUGUCCAGUGGUCGUCUACAAUGCAUUGGAUCUCCAUACUUCUUGAAACACCAUUAUGGCGUCGGUUAUACUCUUGUGAUUAUUAAGAAAGAACAAUUCCAAAUUAAAUAUUGCACUGCCCUUAUUAGCAAAUAUAUACCAGGGACAAUGGUAAAAGAAGAUCGUGGCAUUGAGGUUACUUAUAAUUUACCAAAUGAUUAUUCUUACGUAUUUGAAGAUAUGCUCAAUGAUCUUGAAAAGAAGGCAGACAUUAUACAAUUCAAGGACUACGGUUUAGUUGCAACGACUUUAGAAGAUGUUUUUAUGUCUGUCGGUUCUGACGUAGAAUCUCACUCGAUAUCGGAAGACACUACAAUAACCGCAGAUGUAUCUGACGGUAGAGCUAGCAGUGUAGAUGACCUAUCUCUACAAAAUUUAGACAAAAGUGAUGAAAGUGCAACCGGUUUACUUUUAUUGUGGUUGCACGUGAGUGCUGUAUGGCUAAAAUUGUUCCUGGUAUGGAUCCGUUCCUGGGGAAUUCUAUUUUUACAAAUCCUAGUCCCUGUCAUUCAAAUAAACAUAAGUUUGGGCUUAUUACAAUAUUUAGUCUCACUACAGGCGACGAUAAUUUCAAGGCCGCUAUCUCUUACUCAAGGGUAUCAAUCAACAGAAACUUUUUUGAGUUUUAAUGGAACUAACUCGUCUUCAAUAGGUGCUAUGGCAAAGGCAGGAUAUGAAGAAUUGUUUAACAGUUCAAAUAUUGAUACAAUGGCUCUUACGAUAGUGAAAGGUCAGAGUAUUGAGGACUACUAUCUUGAAAAGACGACUGACUUAGAAAACUGGGGUACUCUACGUAACAGAUUUUUAAUUGGCGCAACAAUUGAUGAAGUUAAUGCUAUUGCUUGGUUUAGUAACUUCGGUUAUCACGACGUGGCUACCUCUCUGGCUACCUUGCAUUCAGCUAUACUUAAAGGACUUAGCCCCGAAGCCAGUCUUAAUGUUUUCAAUCAUCCAAUACAAGUUAAUUAUAACGAGAAUAAUGAUAUACAAUUAAUGAUGUCUUUAGUGUCCAUGCAAACUGCUGUUAGUAUUGGUAACAGUCUUGCUAUCGCUAGCGCAGUGUACGUCAUGUUUUAUAUAAAGGAGCGAGUUUCGCGUGCAAAGUUGCUUCAGCGAGCAGCGGGCAUACAGCCAAUAGUCAUGUGGGGGUCUGCUUUCCUUUACGACUGGUUCUGGUUCCUACUAAUUUCUGUGACCAUCAUCAUCUCCUGCGCAGCUUUUAACGUCAUAGGAUUAUCUAAUGCUACCGAACUAGGACGUCUAUAUUUAUGUUUGAUGAUUUACGGAGCAGCGAUGUUGCCAUUGCAAUAUUUAUUUUCACUAUUUUUCAACGGACCUGCUCUCGGAUUUGUUAUAACAUUUUUCAUCAAUGUUAUAUUUGGUUUAAUUGGUAGUCAAAUAGUCGAAUCAUUAUCUACACUAAAUACUGGGAAUGCAGCAGACAUUUUAGACAACAUUCUACCUUUCUUCCCACUUUACAGUGUUGUGACCUCUGCAAGGUUAUUAAAUCAAGUGGGACUUACGAAGCAUACUUGCCUGCAAUCAUGUGAUUACUUAAGCAUACUCCUACCGGACAUGGAGGAGUGUACUAUGGAGAUAUUAUGUGAACACUUACCAACUAGAUGCUGCAUUCCUGAAAAUCCAUACUUUGAAUGGGAUAAGCCGGGCACAUUGCGGUAUAUCGUCUGCUCGCUAAUAUCCGGUGCUGUCUUAUGGUCCAUUUUAAUGGUUUUUGAAUAUAAUUUGAUUCAAAGAUUCCUAACUCGUGAAAAGAAGUCUCCACCAGUGGACGAAUCUACAUUAGACGCGGAUGUAGCGGAAGAAACACAACACGUACAGCACGUAGACCAAAAAUCUUCAGAUAUUGCGCUCGUUGCUCGCGGUCUAACUAAAUAUUACAAGGACAAUCUCGCAGUGGAUCAGAUUUCGUUCACUGUUAGUGAAGCUGAAUGCUUUGGUUUAUUAGGAGUUAAUGGCGCUGGAAAAACUACAACUUUCAAGAUGCUAAUGGGAGACGAAACGAUCUCAAGUGGAGACGCUUUUGUCAGUGGUUAUUCCGUUAAAAAGAAUAUUACCAAGGUUUACGAAAAUAUAGGUUAUUGUCCACAAUUCGAUGCUGUAUUCGGUGAAUUAACGGGCAGAGAAACAUUAAAAUUGUUCUCACGGUUUCGAGGUCUAAAAGACUACAAUUCGCUGCCACGCAUAGAAAUACUCUCCAACGCCUUAGGAUUUACCAAACAUCUUGACAAACAGGUACAUCAAUACUCGGGAGGUAACAAGCGCAAGCUGAGCACGGCGGUGUCGUUGCUAGGCCGGACGCGGCUUAUUUUCGUUGACGAGCCAACGACGGGUGUGGAUCCGGCGGCCAAGCGCCAGGUGUGGCGAGCUGUGCGGGCCGCGCGCCGCGCCGGGCGCGCCUUCGUGCUCACGUCACACAGCAUGGAGGAGUGCGAAGCGCUCUGUUCUAGGCUCACCAUUAUGGUCAACGGGCGAUUCCAGUGCCUCGGUUCGCCACAGCAUCUGAAGAAUAAAUACUCAGAAGGAUUCACUUUAACUAUUAAAAUAAAAAUGGAUAAUGAUACAAGAAGUUCUCCUACUGAUAGAACUGAAGCUGUAAAGAAUUAUGUCAACGCUCAAUAUAAUAAUGUAAAAUUGAUGGAGGAAUACCAAGGUAUAAUUACAUAUUACCUGCCAGACCGUAACAUGCCUUGGUCUAGAAUGUUCGGUAUCAUGGAACACGCCAAGAGAGAAUUGGACGUGGAAGAUUAUAGCAUACUGCAGACAACUUUAGAACAAAUUUUCCUUCAAUUUACUAAAUACCAGCGUGAAGAACUCUAAUAUUUUAUUAUUUAAGAUUUCGUGUGUAAAACUCUUAUAGUCAAGCACAAUCUUAUUAAUGUAAACUAUACAAAAAUGAAAGGUGCUUCAAUCAGCGUUGCUUACCUUUUUUAAAAAAAAAAAAAAAUUGUUAAGAAUCAAAACUAAAACUUGACACGAUUGACCGAUUUAUAAUAAAAAUUAUGACAAAUAUCGCAGUUGUUACGUUAGACAUAUUUAUCAUAGAUAAUAAUGUUUGAAGUAAUUUACAAUGUUCGGUCCUUUCUUAAACAAAUAUGUGAGUUUUCGAUAACAAUAAAGAGAACAUAAAUCUAUGUAGGUAUUUAGAACAUGACUAACUUUUGUAAAUAAUGUACUAUUUUCCUUUAUAUUUUUAAAUCAUAAAAUAGUUAUUUAACCAUAUUUUGUAAUUUGAAAAUUAUUAAAUUAUACUUUAAUUUAUUUAUUUAUUUAUUUAUUUAGUGUACAGGAAACAAACAGUGAAAUAAUUACAAUAAAAAAAAAAUAUAUAUAUAUAAAACAAUUAUAAUAUAAACCAAAACAGUUUCCAUUUAUAAAUUAAUCAUAAGUAAUUACAAAACAAGACAUUUUUUAUAUUUAAUAGGUGCAUGAAAUUAUAUAAUUCAUUUAUAUAACGUAAUUUAACGUAUUAAGCUUUAAAUAUAAUUUUUUAUGUUAUUUUUAUAGAUACAAUUUUAUCUAACAUAAUUAAGAAAAUUGUGUUUGUAUUAUAUGCUUUAACGCAUCCCUCAUCCGUUUGAGUUGAUUUUUUUUUAAUUAUGGUUAGGAUUUGGGUGUAAUACCGGAAGUUAAUUUAGUAUGUAAUGAAAACUGUUCUAUAAUCACUCACUGCCGUAUUCUAAUUUCAAAAUUUUUUUUAUUAUUUAUUUUUAAUAUUAAAACUAAUGUUCUAAUUCAUAUAAAUGUCGAACAGCUCCUACAAAAUUAUUUGAUAAAAGCAAAUGGUGUAUGAAAUAUUUAACUUUACAGUUAUUAAAUUAGCAAAAUGUACCCACAAACUUUUAAAAGCAAGUUAGUUAAAUAUUUAUCUAACUACUAUUGAACAUGACAAUUUUGGGGCUAGGUUAGAUAAUAGUAAUUAGGAAGGUAAUAGGUAAGUUUUUUAACUCUUGCACAAACGAAAUACGAAGCUUUUACAUAAUGUAUAAAUCCGUGUAAUAGUUAAAUAUUAAUAAAAAAAUGUA